AGCCGCUUCGAGUCAAAGAUCCACGACCUGAGGGAGCAGAUGAUGAACAGCAGCAUGAGCUCCGGCUCUGGCUCGCUCCGGACAAGCGAGAAGAGAUCUCUCUAUGUCCGAGCCCUAUUUGACUAUGACCGGACCCGGGACAGUUGCUUGCCUAGCCAGGGGCUCAGCUUCUCCUAUGGGGACAUCCUGCAUGUCAUCAAUGCCUCUGACGAUGAGUGGUGGCAAGCCAGGCUCGUCACGCCCCACGGUGAGAGUGAGCAGAUUGGGGUCAUCCCCAGCAAGAAGAGGGUGGAAAAGAAGGAGAGAGCACGAUUGAAAACGGUGAAGUUCCACGCCAGGACUGGCAUGAUUGAGUCCAACAGGUCGAUCAAAACGAAACGUAAAAAGAGUUUCCGCCUCUCUCGAAAGUUUCCAUUUUACAAGAGCAAAGAGAACCUGGCCCAGGAGAGCAGCGGACAGGAACAGGGCGUGACAUCAAACACCAGUGACAGCGAGAGCAGUUCCAAAGGACAAGAGGACACCAUCCUGUCAUAUGAGCCGGUGACGCGGCAAGAAAUUCACUAUGCGAGACCAGUGAUCAUCCUGGGGCCGACAAAGGACCGAAUUAAUGAUGACCUUAUCUCUGAAUUCCCACACAAGUUUGGUUCCUGCGUGCCACACACUACCAGGCCUCGGCGCGAGAACGAGGUGGACGGACAAGACUACCACUUUGUCAUAUCCCGUGAACAGAUGGAGAAAGACAUCCAGGACAACAAGUUCAUAGAGGCUGGGCAGUUCAACGACAAUCUGUACGGGACCAGCAUUCAGUCAGUGCGGGCAGUGGCAGAGAGGGGGAAACACUGCAUCCUGGAUGUGUCUGGCAAUGCUAUCAAGAGGUUGCAACAAGCACAACUUUAUCCCAUUGCCAUUUUCAUCAAACCAAAAUCCAUUGAAGCUCUCAUGGAGAUGAACAGGAGACAGACGUAUGAACAGGCCAACAAGGUCUUUGACAAAGCCAUGAAACUCGAGCAAGAGUUUGGAGAGUAUUUUACAGCCAUUGUACAAGGAGACUCUCUUGAAGAGAUUUACAGCAAAAUCAAACAGAUCAUUGAGGACCAGUCCGGGCACUACAUCUGGGUCCCGUCCCCAGAGAAACUCUGAAGAUGUCCCCCCACCUGCUUCCCUGUGAGCAGAAGAUCUCCGAAGUCCCAUCCCACCCAAGCCCUCUGCCCUAAGGUGGGGGGGAUAUGAAAACUAUUCCUGCCCCCUUUUUUAGAUCGUUGCAAAAUUGAGUUUUCUAGUCCUGUUUCUUUUGUUGGGAUGAACUCAUCUCAUUCAUCAUGUGACUGUGCCCACCGUUCCUGCAUGGACCUUCCCACUGCUCCAGUAGAGACAGGAUGAGAACCCAUUCAAGGUCAUUUUUUUAUUAUUAUUAUUAUU